AUGAGCCUUGACGGCUCAAGUUACAUGUGUGGAGCUACAGCUCCAAGUACUGGUUUGUUCGCUUUCUCACCUUUCGUACAGCAGCCGCAGUCGCAGCAGUUUCAGCAUCCAUCCUAUAUCUUCGAUCGAUCCCCUACUCAGCAACAACAACAACAGUAUCAGCAACCACAGCAAGUACAGCAACAGCAACAACAACAACAACAGCAACAACAACAACAACAACAACAACAACAACAACAACAACAACAACAACAACAACAACAACAACAACAACAACAACAACAACAACAACAACAACAACAACAACAACAACAACAACAACAACAACAACAACAACAACAACAACAACAACAACAACAACAACAACAACAACAACAACAACAACAACAACAACAACAACAACAACAACAACAACAGCAAGAGCAACAACAGCAAUAGCCAGGCAUUGUUUUUCAGCCUCCAAAUUUACUUAACAAUACUCAGAUUAAGACAACCCAGUUCUUGAUAAAAAUAGUUUACUUUUAC